AUGUGCUUCCCAAUCAGCAGGCUCGAGGAACGGAGCAAAGAGUUGAAGGAUAGGAUCCAAGCUCUUGAUCGCAGCAUCGAAGAGAGCCACACUGAGCCGCCUGCGAUCGUUGAGAACAAUGUGCGGACAAUCUACACCAACAGCGACAUCGUGAUCGACCUAGCCAUAAUGGACGAUACGGACAAGGAAGCUGCGGUGGCGGUUAUUGUCGGUCUUCCGCGUUCCAGGUUCUUUAUGGUCACUGACUUCAACCAGGUAAAAGCGAAGGGGAUUUUAAGUGAGCUUGUCACCGAGAUGCAGGCUGCUAUCGACAAAAAAAGAUUGGCGAGCUCAUGGCGUAUAAGAGUCUUCUCAAAAUGGAUUCCGAACGCUACAAUAAAAUCUGAACACGGAGAGAAGAAUGCCGGCUAUCCUGACCAUGUCGGAGGCUCUCGAUCGGGUGGCCCGAGAGGAGCUACUGCUGCUGGCAUCAAGAAGAGCCUCGCAUCUUCCCUGUCAAAGACCAAGAUCAUAUCUCUCCUCGGCUUGAAAGUGCUUCAUUCUCCAGAAUUUUCACUUUCUGAUACUCUUGGCUGGGCAGCUUUCAUCACAUGGUACUACCAGUGA